UUGAGCCUCGUCUCGACCGCAAACGCUUGAGCCAGAAGAGGGACGUGUUUCUGUGGUCGAUUCCAAAGCCGUUUUCGCUCAGAUGAGCGCUGUGCUCAGGGACGCGGUCAUGCAGUGAAGUCCUCGAAGACCUCGGGGUCCAUUCUGAGCAGAGGAACCCCCUGGUCCGGGGCCCGGACCCGUCGGAGCAGAGCUCUUGGACACGGGCGGCGACCUUGUCACAUCCUGCCGCACCUCCCAGGCAGAGACGCCGCUCGGGGGACCUUGUCGGCCUCGCGUCCUCGUGUCGGCGGCAUGGAUGGGGCAGAUGGUAGGAGAAGGUGGUGAGAAGCCUCGCGUGUCCUUCGUGAAACCGGUGUAGAGGCACGUCGGACAGGACCUGCUGGAAGCCCUGCUUUUUCUCCAGCGGACGGCCGAACGUGGACCUGGGGUGUCCUCUCUUUCCGGACGUUUUCUGUCUCCGAUCGACUUUCCACCCUUUGUGCAUUUCUGAGAGGAGGUCCGUUGCGGAAGUUCUAGCGUGAGACGCGUUCUGUUUAGUAUCGACACUUUUGGUAAUUCGCUUGGGAAUAUAUCCGAGCAAAAAAUAUGACUCACAUUUUAAGGUAUAGUUCUGUAUAACAAUGUUUAAAGUCAAGAUAUGCAUACAUUUUAUGUAGCUGGAUGUAAGUGUAAAUACUUUAAGUACAACUUGGGGUUUAACUUGUGACAUUUUCAUUCUUGUUUUGUGUGUGUGUGUGUGUGUGCGUGUGUGUGUGCGUGCACGCACUAACAUUUGUCCUCCAAAGCUCAGUCUCAGUCAGCGAGCGAGGACUUUUAUCAGAGGAAAUGUCAAAUUCGAUGAUACUGGUGUGAUACAUGCCAGGCUGCACAUGCUGGAAACGGUUUAUUUUCAAGCUCUCUGUGACUUGGUUCGGCCAAUCAGAAUCACUUCCUGUGAGUCAGGGUGUAAGGAUUAUGAUUUUUCAUACUCCUCUCCGUUUCUCAGGACACCUCACAUCCUCCUUAAAGUGACAGCGUCCGUUCGCCUUGCAUACGAUUCCGUCACAGUAUUUGUGCUCGUAAAAAUCUUAACUGACAGCGACCCUCCGUCUGGUCCUUCUGGCGUUUAGUUGAACGGCGUCUCAGGUUAUGUGUUUGACCCAGCGGCUGAACUUGAACCAAGCGCUGGAGCGUGGGCCUUGCAGCGCGGUCUAAAUAAAGUGUAGAGACAGGCGUGGGGACGCAGUCCUAAAUAAGCAAAGCUGAGUGUGAAAUAGCUGUGCCGCAAGUGUAGGAAGUACAGCAGGUAUGAGUUAAGUGAAGCGUGCGAAUGUGGUUUGUGGGAAAGAGUCGCACUCAUUCUAGCAGAGAGCGAAACCUGCGAGAGGGCCCGUGAACACCUGCGAUCAAGUCCAGACCUGUCUCCGGAGUUUGUUCCAGCAGCUGUGCCUGCGCCGUUCUGGCGGCUGCCUUCGGGAACAGAUGGAGUACAUGAUGAGGUCCCUGCAGGACCUGAAGCAGAUGCGGAAAAGCUGCGCUCCCCCCAACCCCCUGUCCUCCUGCCAGCAGAGGGCGCUGCAGCGGGAGCGGCGGGCACGCCUCCACCUCCGCUCCUCGGACGCCAGCGAGGCCGGCACCUAUGACUCGGCCUGCUGCCUGGCCAGUCCCAUGGAGGAGGAGGAGGAGGAAGAGGAGGAAGGGCUCGGUCGACUGCGACUGGGUUCUCCGAGCAGCGAAAAGAGCCUGGAGUUCGACUCCGGGUACUCGGAGGCGUCCUGGCAGGAUGAGACGGUGGUGCUGCGCCGCACGAGGAACGUUCGCGUCUCCUCCUCGGCCUGUCUACGAACAAACCGGGCGCCCGGCGGCCGCGUGCGGCCCAAAUCGACCUCGGACGCUUGCCUUGAGCAUUGGACCUCCUUCGAGGCUCACGACCCGGAGGACUGGACCACGUCUCUUCUGACCCGUGGGCGGAACAGGCAGCCUCUGGUCCUGGGUGACAACAGCUUCGCCGACCUCGUUGAGAACUGGAUGGACUUGCCCGAGUGUCCCGAACCCGCCCGGCUGAAGCCGAGCGCGGGGCGGCGCCUGGCCAAGGGCUUCCUGGUGAACGUGAGGCGAAAGCUGGCGGGAAUGUCGAAGAACGUGGAAGGGCGCGGGAAGGCCGUGGACUCUUCGCGAGGAGGCAGGACUGCGGCCGCUCCUAAACGACUGUCGUGUCCGGUGGGCCUUCCGGCGCGGGCCCCCUUUUUCCACCAGUCGCACACCGGGCUACACGAACUGGGCACAGACUUCUACCAGUUCGCGGCCCUCAUGAAGACGGGCAGCCGACAGCCAAUCAUCUGCAACGACAUCAUUGGCUACAUCUGACUCUUGUCUGGCCAACUGACUGUUCUUCCUCGACAAACACGCCCUUUAUAAUUUAACCUAAUUUUGUGCCAAUAAUGUUAUGUCUGCUCCAGUAAUAAACCUUUUA